AUUGGUUUUGCGCACAAACCAUGCAGCGCUUGAAGAGCUGACAGCAGACAACUGGCGCCUCAAGAGACUUUCAUUCAUUUGAAAAUCUCAUGAGGAGCAAAGUGUGACGGUGGCCAGUGAAGAAGAUAUGGAGACACCGGCGGAGACGUCUCCUCCGGCCACUGAGGUCCUUGAGAAAUGUGAGGACGGAUCGCGUGGCAGCCUGCUGCAUAUGGAGGAGAAGUCGUUCGUCUCAAGUCUGCACGCCUUCAUGAAGGAGAGGGGCUCGCCCAUUGAAAGGAUUCCACAUUUGGGCUUUAAACAGAUUGACCUUUGGAUGAUCUACAAGGCGGUUGAGAAACUGGGUGGAUACAAUUCAGUGACAGCGCGACGCCUGUGGAAGAAAGUGUACGAUGAACUGGGAGGCAGUGCCGGUAGCACCAGUGCUGCCACCUGCACUCGCAGACACUACGAGAGGCUGCUGUUGCCCUACGAAAGACAUCGAAGAGGAGAAGACGAUAAGCCUUUGCCCCUCAGCAAGCCAAGGAAGCCCUAUAAGAGGAAUUCGGGGGGGAAGACGAACAAAGCAGAGUGGAAGGGGAAAGGAAAUAUGUCGGAAAGAGAAAAAGAUUCUGCGCGGCUGCUUUCGGAGGCCGCAAGUCAGAGUGAAGCAGCGCCGCGUGCCGGUUCUGCUCUGUGGUCGCGGACCGCUGACAGGCACCAGCCGCAAGUGUCCCCGGCGCCUGGCCUUUAUGCCAAUUGCCACCCGCCGCACGGCCCGGCGGCAUCGCCCUGGCCCGCAAACCUCGGAAAGGUCAUCUCUCCUCUGGAGAAAAAGAAGCGCUUAGCCCAGGCGAGCCUUCUGGCCAAUCCGCAGGGGGAGGAGCAAGACAGGCCUUCUGUUAUCCAGCGCUCCGUGUCUCCAGCCUCAGGCAGCCACAAGUGCGACUCCUCCGACGGCUCGCCUCGUCCUCUCUCUUCCUCCUCCUUCUCCUCCAGGAGCCCAUCCCCGUGCUCCAUCUCGUCAGAUGAUGAAAAUAACUCAGCUGCGGCCCCAGACUGUUUCGUCCGAAGUGAUGACGCGCCCAAGAGACCAAUGUCAAAAGAUCCAGCAGGAGAGAGUAAAGACAGAAAUCAAGCCACAUUUUUAAAGGACAAAGAUCACAUUGAAGACGUCGACUGGAAGCCGAAUGUUGCCAGCAAAGACCUCAAAAUUCCGACAAAGUCUGCACAGCUUCCGCGGCCUGCUCCAAUCCGGCCAGGCCGCAGAAUCCCGCACGACGCUUCGACGCAUCACAACAAGUCUUUCCCGUUGCCCUGGGAGACGUUCACGGCAAUGCCAGCGAAGUUUCCUCCCGCCCAGCAGCGGCUAGCCCACGCCACUUGGGUUGCGCCGCCUUACGACAUUUCGGGCAGAGAUUCUCACCUGCGGACGGCGCCGCGGCAGCCGGCCUUCCUCCCCAGGAUGAGAAUACCUCAGACUCAGCUGACGUACCGCUAUGUUCCUGCCAACGCAACUCACUCUGCCCUCAUCUACCCGUACCCGUACUCCAUCCCUCUGUGGGGUCCCCACACUUCGUACCCCUCCCCCACCGUCAACACGUUUCAUACUCAACACAAACUAUGACUCUUUCUCUUUAUCUGCACGUGUCAGCAAUUUCUGCUUUGGAAUUUUUUGUUGUUGUUAUGACCUUUUGUAUGACUCUCAGAAGCAUUGGAGCAUUCUGUGAUUCACGGUGUUGUCUACCACCUGCGCCAUUACACACAUCAGUAGUGUGCCACGAGAGAUCACCAGGUGUGUGUGCUGUGGAAACAUGAAGCAAUUUCACUUAAUUGGUCCGAAAAUUACUUAUUUUAUAAGAAUAUAACAAAAAAAUUGGUCUUUUUUUCAUUUGGUUAUGCCAGCUAUGUAUAGCGACAGGCACAAAAACUAAACGUUUGCCCACUAGAUGGCAGACGGUACAAUUAACCAGUCUACCCGCAUAGUGCUAUUCAUACAACAGAAUAAUAGUUUUGUGUUCAACUAGGGCCCACAUUUAACUCUGAGUAAGUAAAUUGGAAUACCUUGAGACGUUAUCAACGGCACAAAAUACAGUAAACAGAAGCACAUUCUUAGCACAUCUGCCGCUAGCGUCAACUAACACUGUCACUGAACAUCAGAGUGGCUAAACCUCUAGCCAGGAAAUAGCUAGCCAAUAGUAUGUCCUCAUAUGCUGCCUUCAACGUCACUCAACAGACCACACCUGCCUUUUUAAGGAAUAUACACGUUCACAGUCACAGUUUGGAUAGUGCAGAAUGUGUGGAUGGUGACCCGAAGUGGACAAAAAUAAUAACUGCACCUGACAAUCAUGUACUGCUUUGUGGUGUUACAGUGUAUGUAUGUGUGAGCUUUCCAAUAUAUAUAAAUAAUACAAUAAAU